AUGGCGAACGUGAUGCUGACGAGCGAGGCGGCCAAGGACCCGAACAAACCCUUUGCGCUGCGUGUCGAGGACGUCUGCGCCAAGUUUGACGAGCUCGUGGCCGAGUGUCUGGCGCUUGUGCAGGCCGAGGAGCAGUUGGCCGGUAGUGGCGAGAGGGACGAGCCAGGCAGUGGGGAGGAGGACCAAGUGAUCAAGAAGCUCGAGCAGUUCAAUUUGGUCUGUGACGAGCUCUACAAAGAGAUUCUUCGACGGAAAGAAAAGCUGCUGUACCUUAUGGAAAAGAGUCCCAAGAACGUGGACCUGCAUCGCCAGAUCCAGACAGCAGGCAAGCUUGUGCAAGUGGUGGGCGACUUUCGACACUUUCUCGAGACAGGAACUAGCAAUGGCAGUGGACAGUAG